GAACCAUGAAAAACAAGUUGAGUAACUUGACAUAUCGUUUGGAUUAAAACAUGAAAAUAAACGUUAAAACUGGAUACAAUCUGACCAAAUUUUAUUAUUUUGGCACUUUGUUCUACAAAACAACAGAUGUUAUUUGAGUUACUUUGAGAGAAAAUGUUUGACUCUGGUUUUCAAGAUAGAGAAGGUACGAUGGAUCAUGGCACUGCAGUUGGUCAUCUUACUGGUGCUAUACCCCAUGGCCAGAUCCAGAAAAUAUCUCAAGAAGGAAGUAAAAACACAUACGUUAUCAUUCUUAGUAAAGAUUAUUUAAAGUCAGAGUCAUCUCAAGGUCAGUCUCUGCUAAAGUAUUCAGCAGGGUCUAAUGUGACAGUCAAGAAAAAGGCAAGUGCUGCAGCUUUAGAAAGAGAUUUUGACUCCCCAAGUGGGGAAGUUGCUGUUUGCAAGAAGAAGUUGCUCAAUCCUCCUGAGGACGUGAAGCUUAAUUUGUCAAAUAUUAACGAUGAGGAGUAUGACAGUAACAAGUCAGCUAGCAGUGUUUUCUUACAACAGGAUUUGUCGGAAGAUGAUUCUGCUAUAGAUGUAUAUAUGCCGAUGGAAAAAUCUGGUGAAAGAGCUUCGCCUUUUAAUUCAAAUCAACACUCGGGCGAACAGUCUAAAAUGAACACCUAUGUUAUUCCCACACCAGUUAAAUCACGUAAAGGGAAUAUUGAAAAACAUGAUUUUCUUAAAACUUCACCAUUGAAACUUAAUGAGCAGGAUUCCAAAUCAGGAUUCAGUGCCUACAGUCCAAACUUCAAAACUAGUCAUCCAGGCACAAGGAAGGUUAUUCAACUGUCCUCAAAUCAGGACUCAGGUCUGAGCGGGUUUAAAAAGACUUCUUUCUGCAAUGAAGCGGUUCCUGUUAUGGGGAAACCAGCUGUCAAUAUUCAUCACACACCUAUUUCAAUGCUACCAAAGACUAAUCCAAAAGCUGUGCCAACAUUCAGUGACAUUUCCCCCAUCAGCCAGCAAACUGCAUCACAAGCACAUCGCAGCACUUUCAUCCCGAUAAACCCUGCUGAUUCACCAAGUGAUGGUGCUACUUCUACAGGUCCUCUAACAUCAACACCGCUUACUGGCGAGCCAAGUUGUCAAAAAAGAAAAUCUCAUGUAAUCAUAGAAUCCAGCACACACAGGCCUGUUUAUGUUAUACCAUCGCCGUUUGCUCGGCAAAACUCGGUGCAAAGUCAACAGAAACUCGACAUAUCAACUCCAGGGGCACACUCGUCUUCAAUGAACAAUAGCUCCGGCUUUAUCAGUGCAAGUAGCAGUUUAGAAACUCCAGAUGCUUCCUCAUCAUUUGAUGCAGAAAAGAGCCACCCAUCGGGAGGCAGAUAUAGCCCGAUGGAAACAAAUAAUGUUUCCCCGGAAUCUAAGGCAGAAAAGAGGGUGGCCGAGAUGUUUAAGUGUGACGGAUCAGGGGGUGUUGUUAUAACUGUGAAUGAAAGUGGGGAUAUUGAAGAACUUGAUCAGGGUAUUGAUAGCAACUCUUUGGACCCUUCAGUUUGUAGCUCUCAGGAAUCAGAGACAAGUGAGCCAGAAAAAGUUAAUUUGAAUCAGUCGUUGACAAAUAUCCAGUGGUUAAAAGGAAUGCAGCUGAAAGACGAGAAACCUUCAAGUAACAGCCAGUAUCAGCAACAGCAAAAUAUACAUUGCAUGACACUUUCACCUGAAGAAAUUAAACAGAUAAGCAAAGAAUGCGGAGCAACGAAAAGGCCACCUUUCUCUUACAUGUCAAUGAUACAGAUGGCACUGUACAGUCGUGAAGAUCGUAAAAUGAUGUUAAAGGAGAUAUGCAAGUGGAUAGAGGACACCUUUCCUUACUAUAAACACACUGCCAAACCUGGUUGGAGGAAUUCCAUCCGGCACAAUUUGUCACUUUACAAUAUAUUCGAGCGCGAGCCAUCGAAGCGCCAUGGAUCAUACUGGACGAUCAAGUCAAACGUUGAGCCAAAGAUGAAACAGUAUCCACGAGAAAAACAUUCAAGUUCCCAUCAUGCAUCAGAGACGCAUCGUUCAAUGCCCACACUGCCAUCACAAAUACCCAUUAUACCUAUGUACAGCUCUAUGGGCCAGCUGUCUGCCGUGUCUCCACAAACAUUUAGUCAGUCAGUACAACUGCCACACAAUACUGCCAUUAGAAAGAAAGGUCAACCACCAAUCCUGCCCCGUCCUACAGGAUACAGUGCUUAUGCCCUCAUUCCGAUCCCUAAUGUGAAUCAGUCAUUCAAUCCUGCCAGUCCAAAUCCUACACAGCCACAAGUACUCCUGAACCUGUCUACACCAGGUCAGAUGUCAGCCUGUCCGAGUCCCAUCAUAUCAGAAGUGUCAGCAGCUGUAGCCUCGAUUCAAGUGUCCGGUGCAAGUCCUGUCCCUCAAGAGCAUUACUGUGAUACUACCAGCUUACAAAAAGAGCAUUUUUAUAAUAAACCAAUGAAUAUCGUGAAACAUGCCUGGAUCAACUGCCAAAAUACUGACACUGCCUCGUCCCUCGACAGUGAUAGACUAAGUCAAACUGAUAUAACAAGCUCAGGUGAAAUUGUCAGCUCAAAUGAAUUUACGGGCCAAAGAACUAAAUCGAAAAGACCGCGAGUGAAGCCAGGGAUACCAAAGCCGACAUUUUAUAAAAAGGAGGAGCAAAAAGUGAAAACGACGGGCUCAAAGAGGCGGAAACUUCAACAGAAGGUCAGGACUUUGUCAAACGAAAGUUCUGAUGAAGACGAGGACGGGGUUAAAUUUAUAGCCAAUUUAGAAAAAGAAAUAUUUUCGAAACCUUUCAAGUCCCAUGAGGCUGAAGAUAUGGAACAUUUAUUAAACACAUCUACUCCUGCCAAAGGUCUUAGUCAUUCAGCUGCAGAUCUUCCGUCACCUAUUCACGGUUUUACGCCAUUACGUAACAGUGGAUUAUUCGAUGGUAGUUUUCUGGACACCCUAGGGGAUAGAAAAGCGUUAGGAUUGUCGCCAGAGACAAGCGAUCUUAAAAAAAUAUUGCAGACUUCACCAAGUCUAGGUGAUAGUCCGGAUGACUUCUUAGAUUUUAAUGUGCUAGCUUCUCCUGGUAAAUUUGAAGGCAGUCCCGGUCAAAACGGGAACUUGUCUCGAAUCUUGAGUGAAUGCGGCCUUGACCCAGGCAUGGACAAUGCUGAAAAUUUCCCGCAUCUCAACUGGAGUGUGGUAGAUCAAAUUGUUGACAGCAUGGAUACCAACUAAAGAAUAAAUUAGGACCAUGUGGUGUCAAAGUCAUACUCUAGUAUUAGUUUAAUAUUUUGUCAGUGUCUUUAGUCAGUUUCUAAAAUACAACUUGUUUUUGGAUAAAUUGAGCUCAGAUGGCAAGGGUUAAGUUAAAUAAUUAUUGUCAUAAUAAGUAAUGAAAGCUCGAUUUUUGUUGUUUUUUAAGAAGCCUGGAAGCCUUUUCUCUCUAUACUUGUGAUAUGGAUUUGUGUUGCUUUGAAUUUUGGAACUUUCAUGUAGUAAAUGUAAAAGGUUCUGUUAUCAAAAUGGUAAAUCUUAGCAGAUGACACUGUUACACUAUAGAUUCUGGUCAGACUGCAUUACUUGGGUAUGCUGGCCUGGCUCUAUACUGUCUGCAUUAACUAGUCAUUAAAGCCGCUAUUAUAAAGGAUUAUUAUGAUAAAAAGAUAUCUUGAUUUCUAAUGACAGACUA